GUAUAUUAAAUCGAUCAUGGAAGCUUAUAUGACCACACAAGCCAUGCUUGUAAAUCAACUAAACCCUGAAGCCUUGAACUAUCUCACGUCUAACUGGUGACAUCAUGAAGUAUUAGGCUGGCUAAAUACUCAGCAAGAAGUAACUCAAUCCACAAGGUCGUACAUUAGCGUUAGAAACACUUCUGGAAUUGUAAAAGAGAAUUCAAACAAAGUAUUUAAAACCAAAUCAAACUCUCAAAACAAUGAAGAGAACAAGGAUAGCCCCUUACCUCAAUCAAGUCAGCAGAUGCACUACGAGACCUACAAACAAAUUAAAUCAAUCACCACCAAAGACACUCCUGGAAUUUCAAAAACUCAGAUCUAUGAGAAACUCCUCAAGCCAUUCAAACACCAGAAAAGAGUGGUCAAGACUCCUGUCACUAACAAAGAGACUGCUGUAUACAUCUGAAAGUACGAAGGGUGUGACAAAGAGUACACCAAGAUCUGGAAUCUGCUCGACCACGUCCGCAUGCACGAAGGCAUCAAGCCUUACCAAUGCGACUCGUGCUCGAAGUCGUUCACGCAGAAGGGAAACCUCAAGAAGCACAUGAAGCAACAUCAUUUGAAGACUCUGGGCGAGAGAAAGAGAUUCGAGUGUAGAGUCUGCAAGAGAAAAUACACUGAGAAGUACAACCUCAAGGCUCACAUGAAAACUCAUGAGUAAACCUAAACAUCAAGAAAUAUAAGAGCAAUUAUGGAGGGAGACAAGGG